CGACGGCGUACGGCGCACGGCGCGACUACCUUGCAUGGGGCUGUUUUGCUUAAAAAGUAAAGAGUACACCUGCGUUUAUUUCAUUUGCGUUAAGACAGCCCGUUCGUUCAGAACGUUCACUCCAUAAAAGAAAAACAAUCUUCCAUACGUUUAUUCCGUAUAAACAAAAUACAGACAACGAGAUCGCGGCGUACGAGCGAACCAAAAGUGUUGCCGUUUGUUGAUCGUUAGUUUCUUCUAAAAGAAUCUAUUGAAAUUUAUUUCUAUUAUUUAUAUUCAUGAUCGGUUUGUAAGCUUCUAAAAGUUUUGAGAAAAAAAAUCGCAUUACCAAAAAAGGUACGAACCGUAAAAAGAUCGAUCGAAGAUCGCCACUCAUUGACUGACUGAUCGUGCGAGCGUUGAAUGUCGUGUGUGUUUAUGUGAUCGGAAUUGAAAAUUGGAAAUUGGAAUUUUUCAACGUACAUUUAAUCGAUGAAAAACCUAAAACGGAGUCGAAGUUGAACAGGUUUAGUCAGCUUGCUGUUUAUUUUUUUUACACAAAUAAUUACUUGCGCACGCACUACUCUUACAAGUUCCUUAAUUUUAUGCGAAAUCGGCGUGGAAGUGCAAAUGGACCUGUGUGUGUGCAUUUGAGUGAAGUAAUCACUAGUAAGUAAGCACAAAAAAAAGGACCGAAUGACUUGGAGCGAAGUAAAAAAUCAAGCAAAUCAACUAAAAAUCGCAGAUAAAAUCGUAAACUGUAAUUUCGUGUAAGCUGCGACAUACAUGAAAAAUGCAUUCAUUAUAUCUUAACGAGCAUUUGUUUGAUGCACAAGCGAGUCUUGACCACAGCAGCGAACAUAGCAGUACGCCAGUGUCCGUUGUGUCGGCGAAGAGUACGCAACUUUGCGUGAAAGCGCCUAAACCGAUUGAGAAGAAAGUUGUGCUUGCGUUGAAAAAAUUAUUGAAGUGAAGGACACGCUAGUCAGCUAGCAAGUGAGCAAGUAAUCGAGAACAAAGAACGACACUGAAAAGUGAAAGUCAAGGAAGUGACACUAUAAAGCGCACAAAAUACAAAGUUGGAGGAAAAAGUGUUCCACAAGUUCAAUUCAGUGUUAGCGGUAGUAAACUUAUCGAAAAGAUAUUUUGAGAAAUUCUAAAGUGUAGAGAAAUAAGUGGAAAAACUUAUAAUUGCCACGAUUGAGAAAAAAAGUUGUUGGUUUUUGAGAAAAAAAUUAGUAAACUGUGAUAAAAGAAGUUUUAAAGCAACUAAAAGUAGCUUCAUAGCCGAAGCAAAUGAAAAUACACUAAAGACGAAAAAAAGAGAAAUUUUAAAGAAAAGUUUUAGCUAUUUUUUAAUAAAAAUUGAAUAGUUUGUAAAGAAAACUUAACAACGAACUUGCCGAAGCUAACUUUUAACGAAUAAAAAGUUUCGUCCUUGAACGAAUUUCCACAACGAAUUUUAUUUUUAAUACUAAACAAAUAAAAAUUAAAAAUAAUUAAAAAAAAUAAAAAAUAUUGCGUAAAAUUAAAAUAAAAAUUUAAAAAGUCAGUCUACACAAAAACUAUACACCGUGCAAAAAAAAACGAUUUUUGUUUUUUAACAUUUGAAGUCAUAAAAAUUUACACUGUGCCACCAAUAACAACUUUCCCGAAAGCAGUAUUAAAAGAAUCCAAGCAACACAAAAAAUUCAUUCAAAUCCCCACACCACAAAAAAAAACAAAAAUCUACAAAAUGAUCUUCAAUAAGUACAUCGAAAAACUUUCGAGCUCCUUUGGCGCAAGCGCCAAGCAGCAACAAGCCAAGCACACAGAAGUCAGUGACUACAAUAACACACGCAAUGUGGAGUAUGAGAAAGCAAUGGCCGCCAAUUACAUCAACUGUGGCCAUUACUAUCACUAUAAUCAAAGUCAUAUAGCUUCGAAAAAGAAGAAACCAAAUAAAAGUCAACAGCAGCAGCAGCAGCAACAACAACAGCAGCAGCAGCAGCAACAGCAUCAACGCAACUUUUUAAGCACAGAUGAAUUGGCAACAAUAAAUAAUGGCCAAAAUAGCAGUAGUUGUUGUAAGAGCAACAACAGCAGCAGCAACAACAAAAGCAUUAGCAAUAAUACAACAAGUCAUACUCAUAGUCAAAGUAAUAAUUACCUAAAAGUGCCACAACAAUCGCAUCAUCCGACACGCCUCAAUGCCAAAGAUAUACCUGCGCUACGCAUCUCUACGGAUGUGCAUAUUACUCGAGAUGCCGCGGAUGGAUAUGCUUGUGUGAGUGGCGGCGACAUAUCACCCUCGCAUUACUACGAAGGUGACUUCUAUGGCACGCCACUUUCAUCGCUGAAUCCUUCGCCUGCCUCGUCGUAUACGACCUCACUCUCGACGGAAUCGUUGGCAGCUGGUGCCUGCAGUCCCAGCACCUCGAUGUCGGCUGCCUCGACGCCCACAUCGUUGUCGACGUCGCCACCGCGUUUUCACAGUCGUCCGCCAUCGUUGCGGCUAUCCAAGGAGUUGGCCGCGAUUUACAGCAAAUUGUUACACUUUCCAUGGUUUCAUGGCAAUCUUUCGGGCAAAGAAGCUGAAAAAUUGAUUUUGGAGCGUGGAAAGAAUGGUUCGUUUCUGGUGCGUGAAUCUCAAAGUAAACCUGGUGAUUUUGUGCUUUCAGUGCGCACAGAUGAUAAAGUGACGCACGUCAUGAUUCGAUGGCAGGACAAGAAAUACGAUGUUGGCGGUGGUGAACCCUUCGACACUUUAUCCGAACUCAUCGAACACUAUAAACGCAAUCCGAUGGUGGAGACGUGCGGCACAGUGGUGCAUUUGCGGCAGCCAUUCAAUGCGACGCGCAUCACUGCGGGGGGCAUCAAUGAAAGAGUCGAACAACUGGCCAAGGGUGGCUUCUGGGAGGAAUUCGAAUCGCUGCAACAAGAUAAUCGCAAUAUGUUUUGUCGCAUUGAAGGCUAUAAGCCCGAGAAUCGCGGCAAGAAUCGCUAUCGCAAUAUACUGCCCUAUGAUCAUACCCGCGUUAAACUACUCGAUGUGGAGAAAAGUGUGCCCGGCUCUGAAUACAUUAACGCGAAUUAUAUUCGCCUGCCCACCGAUGGCGAUUUGAAUAGCAUGAGCUCAUCGUCAGAGAGUUUGAAUGCCACUGGCUUGGUGGCCUCUUGUCCCGCAUGCACCGCCGCCCAAAUGCAGAAGAACUGCACCAACUGUCAAAUGCAGAAUAAGACUUGUGUGCAAUGUGCUGUGAAAUCGGCCAUAUUGCCUUUGAGUAACUGUGCAACUUGCAAUAAAAAAUCGGAUACGAUGAACAAACAUAAACGCAGCGAUUCAUCUGCCUCAACCGCAACGAGUUUUAGCAGCGCUGGUGUUUGUGGUGCUGGUGGUUCGCGGUCGGCGCUAGCCGGUUGCAAUGCUGGCGGGUUGUUGAAGAAGUGUAGCAAUGAGAUGAACGAACGUGAUAUGUUUAAGGUGUACAUUGCGACGCAGGGCUGCUUGCCGACCACGAUUGUCGAUUUCUGGAACAUGAUCUGGCAGGAGAAUACGCGCGUCAUCGUGAUGACAACCAAAGAGAUUGAGAGAAAUCGCAGUAAAUGUGCUAAAUACUGGCCGGAUGAGGGCCAAUGCCGACAAUUCGGCCCGGCGAAGAUACAAUGUCUCUCGGAAAGCAAAACCAGCGAUUAUACGCUGCGCGAAUUUAUCUUCUCCUGGCGCGAUAAGCCUGAGCGCCGCAUCUAUCACUAUCACUUUCAAGUAUGGCCCGAUCAUGGUGUGCCACAGGAUCCGGGUUGUGUGCUGAAUUUCUUGCAAGAUGUAAAUACAAAGCAGAGUCAGCUGACGCUGGCGGGCGAGAAGCCGGGUCCAAUUUGCGUGCAUUGCUCCGCGGGUAUUGGCCGUACGGGCACUUUUAUUGUGAUUGAUAUGAUUCUCGAUCAAAUCGAUAGAUAUGGUCUCGACACCGAAAUCGAUAUACAGCGCACAAUACAAAUGCUACGCUCCCAACGUUCUGGUUUAGUACAAACUGAAGCACAAUACAAAUUUGUUUAUUAUGCUGUGCAGCAUUACAUACAAACGCUGAUACAACGUAAACGUGCCGAAGAGCAGAGCUUACAAGUCGGACGCGAAUACACAAAUAUCAAAUACACCGGCGAAAUAGGCAGUGACUCACAAAGAUCUCCGCUACCACCAGCAGUUUCUAGUAUAAGUUUAGCAAGUAAAAACUCCACAGGUGCCAGCAGCAACUUGCUGUCCUCUGCCACAAACAACUGCAGCAGCACUAAUGUCGGCGCCGCCUCAGAUGGCGUCAAUCACUAUGCAGGUGCUGCGGCCAAGCAACAACUUUAUGGUGGUGGUGGUGCCGCAGCGCCGCCGUUGGCUACAAAAAAACAAGCACCGCUCCCACCAUCGCCGGCCAGUGUACUCCUAGGCAUCGGCAACCCAAAGACGGGCGAUAGCAACAGCUAUCAUCAUCAUCAUCAACAACAACACCAACACCAACAAAGCGCCAUACAUCCGCAGCAGCAGCAACAACAACAAACAGCGUCAGCGGCAAAUGCAUCCGCCGCUAACGCUGCCGCCGGUGCUGCUGCGGCAGCCAACGAAAACAUUCCCAAAGACAUGAGCAUGCGCACAGGCAGCGGUCAGCAGCCGAAACAGCAGUCGCAUUCGCAUACGCAACAACAGCCACCACCUCCGACACCGCCACGCGCUAGCUAUAACACAUGACAGUUAAAGUUUUAAAAUGAGCUCUAUUCCUCAUGAGCUCAUAAGCGUGCGCAGUUGCUUCAAAAGCGAAUUUGUACGCGCGCGUUACUUUCUUUCAUGCAUCCUUCAACAAAAACGCACUUUUAAGUGGACGUGAUGUGGUGGUCGUAUAUGCGGUGUGGAGACAAUGAAAAAAGUCGAUAAUACAACAAAACCUAGAAAAUACACUCACGCUUCCCUAUCUUUCGCUAGAGUUUUUUUUUUCAAAACCAAUUUUGUAUUUCGAAUGUGCGCUCGAAAGCUCUGAAAACUAUUUGUUUGCAUUAAAAGCGUUUCACGUUUUCAUCUUAACUUAUGCACACAAAUUGUUUGCGCUCCUUACUUUUAACUUACUUUUUACGCCAUUUUUAAUUCUUAACAAUUUUUAUGUUUUUUUUUGAAAAAAAAGGAUUCUAAAUGAACUCUCUCUGAGACCUCUCGUUUAUGGUUAAAGAUUUAUUUUUAUUACCUGAGCUGGUACCCUUCUUGGUUUCUUUCCACCUCCUUACCUUUUAUAUUCCCUGGCUUUUUUACCCCUUGAUUUGCGCGUUCCUCUUCGUGUUUUUUAAUAUAUUUCUUAAGAUAAUAAUUCUUUGUAAUGCUGGUUAUUGUUGUUGUUGUACUAGAGUAGUUUGUUGCUGCUGUGCCUGUUGCUGUGUUUUUUUUUUGUAAUUUUUGUUGUAGUUUUGUAUCGCUGCAUGGUAGUUUACGCAGCGUUAAAGUAAACGUAAAACGUACAGAAAAAUGAAAAAUGAAAACAAAAAAAUAAAACAAAAUAUAUAUUCAUACGAAAAGCGUGGAUUGUGAUCUGUAUUGAUGCAUUAAAAAUUUAAUAGAAGUAAGUAAAAAUAAAAAUAGGUUGUAAAAAAAAAAAAAUUAGUGAUCAAAAAGCAGUAGAAAAGGAAUAUUUUGCAGUUUUUAAAAAUUUUCAAAUUUCAAGCGUAUGAAAAAUUGGGUAAAGGUUCGAAAUCUUAAUAAUACAAUCCGCAAAUAUAAUAGAAAUGGGAUUUGUGAAACUUGAAAACAUUUUUGCCGAAAUUAAGUUCUGGUAGCAUUUUGCUUUAAGUUUGUAAAGAUUAACAUAGUUACUGAUUAAUUUUUAAAUAAAAAUUCUUAAAAAGUAUAGAGAAUCAAAAAAAUGUUCAACUGAGUUUAGGC